AUGUUUGCCGGCAUAUCAGGAACGCAGCCCUCUCAACAAGGUUUGUACUCGCUUUCCUUGGGUGCAUAGAUGAAAGAUCAGGGCUGUCAAUAAGGGCCGGUAGCCGGCCAAAACCGCCGGCUAGUUAGCCAUCCUUAGCCGGCUACUUUCAUCUCCUUCUACCAUAACCGGUAACAAAAAAUAAGUACCAUCGAAUAAUGAUGAUCAUUUCCGAGACUCUAAAUUCCAAAAUGUCCUUAGAUGCCUCGGUCCUCAAGAACUUGUGCAUUUGGUGCGAGUUCCAAAGCCGCCUACUAUUCGUUAUCAGCCUGCCACUUAAAAACUUUUUGACAGCCCUGAAGAUAUAAGCUUAAGCUGUAACAAGUAAACAACGUUUCGUUUAGUACUUGGGUCGUAAACAAUUUCUCGUUUUCUCUGUAUUAAAUUACGCAGAAGCAUAUGAGGCCUGAACGUUAUGUCCUUCUGCUUAACCCUUUGACUCCUGAGUUUUCUGCAUGAUAUUGCUUCAGUUUUGACAUACAUACACUAAAUAACAAUCUCAAAAGUUCCCUUUGAGGUAAAAGUGCCUAUAAUCGUACAUAUUUAGAAAGUAGACAUAUCAGGUUUCAAAAUAUAUAUAUGUAUUAACUUAACGUUUGUUUGGAGAGCUGUUUGCCUUUAGCAAUCUCUUACAGUUGACAGUGUACAUUUUGUGGCCACCGAAGCGCCUGCUUGCCUUCUUUCUUCAACAUUUUCUUUACCACUACAGCGUGUAUCUACAUGCUCAAGCUCUGAAUUGUUGCCAGUAUCUUCGUCCAUUUAAUCGGACUAAUCUUCACCUAACCUGAAUCAUCGCUAAAAUCUAGUGCUGCGAAUAUAGUUCGAUCAACUCCAUUCGUGCCUGACGCCAUUUUUUAAGGUUAUCAUUAGCACAGCGAGGAAAUAUUGCCAAAAAGUAAGUCCAAAAUGGCGAAAAACCGAUUGAAAUGGAAUCAUACGAUAAACAAAUUCAUAUAAGAAACAUAAAAUGUCAUUUGACAAAAUAUUGAGCCUUUUGGAGCCCUUUUUUGGGACAAAAUGUGCACCUUAUUUGGAAGCGCGCGUAAAAGCGCGCUCAGGAGUCAAAGGGUUAAAGGUUAUAUAGGCUGUUUAACUCGAUGUUUAUAUUGUUAAUGUCUUUUUACCUUGCAGCGAUGAGGCCAGAGUUAUAUGAGGUAAAGAUCUACAUGUAAUGUAUUGAGCUUAAAUUAUAGAACGUUCUUUUUUUAAUAACGCAAUAGUCAUUUGAAAUCCCUGGACCCUCCUCCACCUCGGUGAUGACCCAGGUUAUGCAGGUCCUUUUAGUUUAUAGUCACUUCAUUUUUUUUCCAGUGUGCAGGGGCCAGAUAUGCUAACAAUCAAGUUCUUUGACUCCAAGACCAGGGAAUAAGCCGGGCAGUCACUAUGUAAUGGCAAGAAAGACACUUGUAAUGAUUGAGACUUUUUCUAAAAACUCCAAAAGAUUACCAAACAUGAUUUGUAUUUUUGGUUAUCUUGCAUUUUGUGACUUCAAGUUUAAAGUCUUCAAAUACAUGUAGUUGUCAUUUUCCUUCUCCAUCAAGGGUUUGCAAGUAUUGCAAUAGCUGCUCUGAAAUCCAUGUGUUCUUUCACAGCAUGUAUCAUUUGUCAUCCUUUGUUGCUCUUGGCGAUAAAAAGAUUAGUACACAGUUUUAAAAGAGGGAGUCUGUGUGUGUGGGACAUACAGGGGCAGGGGAGUUCACCAUUCACUUUAGCUCCAGAGAGCAGAGAAUUUACUUGCCUCCACUUGCAUAAAAAGUGAAUGCCCUGGUCAUCGCAGGUCUGAAUUUGAAACAUGUCUGGAGUUGAAAGAUUUUCCAGCCAGACAGAAUCAACUUUACACGAUUUUAUAUAUUGCAUUAGUCAGUGUCAUGGGUUGUAGUUUCAAGGAUUUGAUAGUGCAUGUACAUAAUGCAAGCCAGUGGUAAUGAAUCUGUUACAUGGGUACAUUAUUUUAUAUGGCCUGUUGCCCUGCAUAAUUUUAUUGAUCAUUUCUCACACUGCGCACAGCCCCAUUCAGUUAUAUGCAUGUAUCGUGCUCGUGAGAUUUCUCAGACUUGAGACAUUAGCCAGAAAAUACAGCCAUCUCUCCUUUCUCUUCACUGCUUGGGGAGACAUCUGCAACAUUUCAAUGACAGAAAUUCCAUACUUAUGACAUGAAUCGAUGUUUACAUAAUUACUCUGAUAAUCAUCGGGUUCCAAAUGCAAAUUUUUUUGAGUUUAUGUUUACUUCUGGUCUAUUGUUGUAAUGUUUUGGGUAAUUCUGCAAAGAGCAGCAGCAAAACUCAAUUAUUUCUUCUUCUGAAGAAUAUUAUUUUAUUUCAUGAAUACUCAACUGACUGUUUUGCAGAAGAUUUUUUUUUAUAUAAUCGCAUUAACAAAAUUGACAUUUGUCUUUUGUCUGCUGUUUGUAAACAAUAGCUAAAAGAAUAAAAUUAUCUGUGCUACAUUGGUUGUACGUUGACCAACCAGAGUGCCUGACCUGAUUCUGGACAGAGAUGGCAUUUGUGUUGUUGAAGCCCAGAUUUCUCUUCUCCUUUGAAACAUCCCUAGGAAAAAAGGGCGUAGAGAGACUGGUUUACUCACAGGCUAUCAGGCUAUCUAAAGUGUGCAGAAGUUAGAACUCUUCAAUCAUUGAGGCAUGCAAUCUCUUCAUCGGGCUUCUCCGAUCUCUUGUGCCUUCCUUUGACUUACUUACCACUUACACAUGUGACUCCCUUCCUCUUACCAUUUUCAAAUAGAGAGCGUGCUUGUAGGCUAGCCAUACAUUGAAUCAAUAUGGUGACAAUUUGUUUACCGGUAUAUACUUAAAUGCAUGCAUGUACUUUCUGUUUAGGAGGUGAAGCUUUAUAAGAAUGCAAGAGAAAGGGAGACGUAAGUUUAUACACAAGUAAUAUGUGCUUAUUCUUGAUACUUAAGUCUCUUACACUAAUAAUUUUAUUACAGGUCCUGGACUAAUUAUAAUGAAAAUUAAAAUUCUCUAAUCUGUUUGGCUAUAAGAAUUGAAUGGUUCAUGUACAGCCUAUUUCCUACAGGCCCUUCCGUUUACCUCAUGAUUUCAUAUAACACUUUAAUAAAUUUUGUUAUGUUCUUACAGCUAUGACAACAUGGCAGAUCUUUUCUCCAUCAUUAAUACCCUUCAGUGUUUAGAGAAGGCAUAUAUCAGAGAUGUUGUAACACCAAGAGAGUAAGCACAUAUCAUUGUCAUUGUUGUCAUACAGAAUUCUUUGGUAGAUGCUUAGACCCUUUAAUCCCUAAGACAGUUUAAGUAGUAUCUACAGUCAUGUGAUGAUAAUGAACUUUUUCACAAUGUGAAAUAUUUUGACAGAGACUACAAACUUUUUUGCAGCAUGAAAUAUUUCACGUUGCCUGUGACUUUAUCACAGCAUGUUCAUUGUGUUAGAGAAAUAAUAAUAUAAUUCAUCUUCUUUUCACAGCCAGGACCGUAAAAGUAUGCAUAUGCGUGAAAUUUGGAUAAGCCUCCAAAUUGCUUGUAGGGUCACAUUUAACAUUAGCAAAACAACAACUUUGGACAUGCCACAAACAUUUGGUUCAUUUCUAUGCGCUCACUACACAUCUAAUUUGUUCAAACUUCCUCAUUUUAUGUUAUAUUGAGAAUGUACACUGUACAUAAUCCUGUAAACAAAUGACAAUGAAUUUCUUUUUCUCUCUUUGAACAUGGAUAUUUUCCUUUGGAAUUCAACUCCAGGAGAGUUCACCUGCAAGUUAGGAUAAUCAAGCUGAAGUUUCAAAGAUUUAAUUGAAGAUCUCCCCUAUGUCACCUUAGUGUACUGUAAUCUUGAACUUCCUAAAUAUAAUGUUUUGGCUCAACAAAUAGUUUACUUUUUCUCCUUACAGUCAAAGGAAUUUCACUAAGAUAUCCUGAUGAGGCGCAAUUAACAUGAAACAUACAAAGUGACUCCAUUUGCAAACUAUCAGUUCAUUGACUGUGUGUUGUAUGCAUAAUCUGAUCACUCUUUUUACUGUACUUAAAUGAUAUAGGUACACAGCUGCCUGUUCUAAGUUACUGGUUCAGUAUAAGGUAAGAUCUGUACAUGAUCAUGAAUAACCUUGCAUUUUGGCCUGGUAUAUGAGAGCUAUUAUACAACUAUCCCCAAAAGGUGAGAUGAAUGGUGGUAGUAAUUACCGAGAUGCGAAGCGUCAAGGUAUAUAUCUAGUGCUAUUAACUGACCCUGAGAGGGAUAGUUGUUUUAGUAUUAAUUUUACCAAAUCAGUUGGAUAAAAAUCAAAAAGGAACUUUUUGUAAAUAAAAGAUGUCACUUAGUUAGAGUUUGUUUAUGUUGCAUUAUUGACAGUGUUUUGGGAAUCGUUUUUUACAAUUUUGUUGUAUAUUCAUUAAGAAAAUUUUUUGCUACCGACCAGUAAACGCCAACAAGCCAAAUUUUGUCUCCCUUUUGGUAAUUGCUGGUGCAGCUGCUUCAUUUACCUCUAAAAUUUUAUCUUUUGAAACUGUUACGAAAUGAGGAGCCAUUUUGAAUCCCAAAACAGUGAAUAUCCAAGGAUAUUCCGAGUUAAGGGAGCCAAUCAGAACACACGUAAAUCACCAUCCACUGAUUUGGUGAAUACUAAUAUUGGACAACCUGUUUACAUUGUAUAAUGAAGCAUUUUUAUGUACAAGUACAUUGGAAUCCCAAGUUUAUGAAUCUUCUGAUUAUUUAAGAUCAAAAAUGAUUUUUUUGUCCCAAGCAGAUUAAAAAUAUUGGAAUGCCACAUUGCGUCAUUAAUUUUUUGUGAGGGGUUGGUGCUAGGUCUCCUCAGGUUAAUGCCUCACCUCAGUUCAUGCCUUCAUGAAUUUUUACAUUUUGUGUUGUACAUAUGGAAUACUUUGAUCACCGGUAUAUAAUUCAUUCUCUUUUAUUGUAGGCAGCUUUCAAGCUUGUACAAUCAGCAGACUACCCUACAGUGGAAGCCUUUAUGAAGAAAUUUAGAGUGAGUUAACUUUUAGAUACUGAAAGCUCUACUGACAUAUGCCCAAUCAUGAAGGUUUUCUUGUCAUAUGGGGCCUCAAAGUUUUGCAGUACAGUAGUUUCUCAAAGACUUGAAAAAAUCCACUUGCUUGAGUAAAAUGAGUCAAGAUAUUUUCUUUCAUAAAUAUGAAAAUUUAGUCGGCAAUCAAUGAUUGUUUUUGGCCAAUAUUCUUGAAGUGCUGAUUUGGAAUAUUAUAAUACUUCUGCUAUUUUGUCAGUUAUGAAAGAGGCUGAAUACAAUGCUCUCAGCCCUCAAGUGACGAGUGGUGUAACGAUUAAUCGAAUUCUCAAUUAAUCACAAUUAUGACAGUUCGGUUCGAUUCUCGAUUCCUUGCUUCCACAUUUCGAUUUUGCUUCGAUUUUUGCCUACCUUUUCCAGGGUGCCCUCAGUGAGUUAUUAUAUCGUAAAAUCAGAAUUCAGAACUCUUUAAAAUGUGCGUUUUUGAUUGACGUGCAGACAAUAGCAGUUCGUGCACCAUUUUGUGUUGCCUGGUAAAAAUGCUAUCCUUCAACCACCCCUUGACAAUUUCCAAAUAAGGCAAACCAUCUUUGUCAGAAUCUCAAACGUGGCGACGAACCAAGCGACUGUGAAUCCUCCUGUCCCUGUUACUAUUCUCAAAUUGAGGGUUUAGGGUUGCAUGUUGUUAACAUUACAUGUUAUGUUAUAACAAUUAAGAAACAUUUACGUAAUCGAAUAGAAAUAAUCGAAAUUGAAUUGAAUUGCAAGGAGUAUGAAUCAUUUCACCCCUACAAGUGACAAGCACCUCAUAAGAAGCUUUAGAUUUAAGUAAUUGUAAAGAACAGCUCCCUAACCAACCGACCAACUGUCAACUAACAGUUGCCUGACAAUGUCAACAGUGGCUGAUUGUUGACCAAAAGUCAGUCAACAGUCAGCUGACAAUCUACAGAGCCUGCUUCUUACUCAAUAAUAACUUAUCUUGUGAUCAGAAUUAGGUUUGCCCAUGCUAGCCUGUUUUUUUCUGAAUUUAAGAAAAUCAAUUUUUUAAUGUGUGAACAAUAAAAAUAUUAUCAUCAGAGACUUCUGGAUAUUUCUGGAUUGUUUUUAGUUAUUAAUGAUUUGAUGUUUAUUUUCCAACAUUUAGCUGGAUUGUCCUGCUGCAUUAGAAAGAAUAAAGGAAGGUAGACCGAUCACCAUUAAAGAUGAUAAGGGGAACACAAGUAAAGCUAUAGCAGACACAGUUUCAGUGAGUAAAAAGUUUGUUUUUUUUCCAGUUACAUGUACAUUAUGUCAGGGAAUGGCUGGGGUUUUUGAGUUGUUCUUUUUUUUUGUCAACUUUAUUCACACUAACUCACUUUAUACUUACAAUAAACAACAUUGCUACAGAAACAAAUAAAUAUUAUACUUACAUACACAUUGCUAACAUUGAGGGAUAGCUUAUAAAUUAAGAAAAGUUAAACUAGCAAGUUAUAAUAGUCAGCUACAAAUUUAAUACACUGUACACUCAGACUGUAUCUGAGUGUAUGGUGUAACACAAUAUUGCUGUGUGCUGGAGUUUCUUAUGGUAUGUCAUUAUGGUAUAUCUUUUACCUAAAAUAACUAAUAAAUGAAUUAAAAACUAAUGAAUAAAAUUCAUAAUUUCAAGUACGGUAUAUUAUUUUGGAUAUUUUGAAGGAACCUUGGGAGAAUUUUGGGUGCUUCAACUGUUUUUGGAGUCAUAGAAGUAGAUCAGGAGUCAUUUAGGAGUAUUUUUACACACCCUUGACUUUGUAUCACCUGUGUUUGCAGGUGCCUAGUCUUAAGUCAUUAGUCGUUUUCUCUCUGUGGUCUGCUUGUGUACCAUUUUCUUUUCAUGUUUCGUGACUGUUAGCAUUCCAAGUUAAAAAAUGUCCAUCUACAUGUACUGCUAUCCCUAAUGGCAUCAUUAGGUGACCUAACGACAUCAUUAACAUGAGAGCGUAUAAUGCAGAUACAAAGCUUCCUUCAUCCAAUGGGACUACUACUGAGUUAGAGUGUUAGUCAAAUACAUGUUUUGCAAUAACUGAGCAAUUUAUCACAUGCUGAUUGGUGGAGAGCUAUGGUUGAUAAGAGUAUAGUGCAUUGAAAUGACGUAUUAAUUUAAUUAUUAUUACCAUUAUAUAGUACAGAUUAUAAAAUAUUUAUUAUCCAUACCCCAUUACCUCGUAUAUUUGUUAAGCUGUGUGAGUGGUCUCAUUGCAAGAAAAAAUUUAAUAUAAUUUUGUUGUUGUGGUGGUUACUUUCCUCUUAGUCUCCCGCGCAGCAUGACAACACUAAGAAAACUAAAACAGCUGCAAGGGAGACUAUUUUCCACCUAACAUGAAAGUUUUAUUGCAGCUUUUUAUAACAAUAAUGGACAAACUACGACUUCAAAUCAGAGCAAUGGAUGAGGUAUGCUUAUGCAGUUUAAUCCCAAUAUUACUGGGCCCAAGUUUCCAGGUCCACAGCCGCAGUAUAGUAAUCCUUAAAAGCUAAUUUAUGAUUUUAGAAUACUUUGUACAGAAAAUGUUUGUUUCUGUACGGUAUAUGUAUAAAUUAUGUCUGGUAUUAAUUAAUGUAUGGUAAGGUUUCUUUCAGCUGAGGGCCAUUUUUCCAAAUCCUCAAGCUCACUGACAAAGUUAUUUCACAUCUGUCCGUGAAUGGUCAGAAAUGCAAACAACCUGGAUUAAAAAUAAUACUCAAGUUGCAUUCAAAAAAAGUCUUAAAUUUAGCGAUUACCUCAAAUUGCAGAGUAGACUUUUCAAAAGAGGAUCGCUAUGCAUAGUAACAUUUCUAGACUUGAAAUUCUUCCAGGAAAGAGACCGGGGUGCUCAUAUGAAAUUUAGAAUUAAGACCCUAAAGGAGACCAAUUUGGGCGUGGUUUAAGCUUCAUAUGACCCCCAAAAAGAGAAAGUUACUCCGGUAACCGAUCAAGUCGCCCGAAAGUCAUCUCGCCCGAAACCAGAGUCAUGUCGCCCGAAAUUUUUGGUCAAGUCGCCUGAAAUUUUAAUAAAGAGUGUAUGUAAUAUACAGUAUAUCACGUUCUUUAAGCGAUAAUGAGACAAAACAACCGGGAAAAUUAUGUAAUUAAGUCUCUCUCCUUAAGCAAUAAUGCUAUCGUGAGACGAAACAAGCGGGAUGAAUGUGUAUCAUGACGAAACAAGCGAGAUGAAUGUGUAACAUAUUUCGUUCUUUUAGCUUUGAUGAAGCAAGCACGUCAAAUGAGUAAUAGAGUAGAGUAAAGAUUUGAUGAAACGAAACAAGCGCGAUUUAGAUGUAGGAUGUUUGUUGCUCAGCAUGAUAAAAUUUCAGGCGACUUGACUAAAAAUUUCGGGCGACAUAACUUUGGGCGAGAUGACUUUCGGGCGAUUUGACCGUAAACUGUUCGUCCAACACAGUAUGACGGCACGAUGCCUUAAUAGCCCACGGGGUCUAAUAGGAAAAUAUCGGGGAGCGAAGCGAGCCGAGCGGUAUCCUGGGAAGGGGGAAAGGGUGGCCCCAGGCUACCUAUCGGCUCGCUUCGCUCCCCGAUUUUUUUUUUUUUUUUCGCCAACGCCGAUUUUUCUCCUUUUUUUCCACAAUGCGGAGCCUGGUCCCAGGCUACGAGGACCUCGAUAUGACAAACGAAAAAAGCCUCGAUAUAAGGAAAUCUCUUUAUAGCGAACGAAUUUAGCCAGUCUCCAGGACGUUCGUUAUGUCGAGGUUCCAACAUUUUACGCACUUCAUAUAAUCUUUAAUAGGCAAAGCCCGUGUAAGCUUUAUUUCGAAAACAACCUGGCAAUGAGAAUGUGAGUUCAGGUUUCACUCUGAUAACGCAAGUUCUUCAUGCGGCGCGAGAAGCAAACCUGCGGGAGAACACGCGGGCGGGCGGCAAAGGCGCGUCUCUCGCGCGUACUUCUUGCAAUGUCCCCCAAAAUGGAAUGCUUUCUCUCAUGCUAACACUCUGAACAGCGCUAGCGGCCGUGUAUUUUAAUUAUAGAUUCAUCCAGAUCUGAGAGACCUGAUGGAUACCAUGAAUAGCCUUAGUUCUCUUCCCGAAGAUUUUGAAGGAAAGGUGAAAGUUAACCAUUGGUAAGUGUCCUUCAUAACUAGGUCCAGGAUUUGGUGGUGUCUGAUUAGUUAUCAGGCCUAAAGGUCAGAAAAACGUUUUCGAGUCGUGACGCAAUAAACCAUCACGUGAUAGCUCAAACAACAGUCACUCUUUCCCAGUCAAGGCCGGGGAUGGCAGGGUCGGGAAGGGAAUCUUGACCGCGCUCAAACUUAACACAUGUACAUCUACAACAAACGUUAAGCAAGGCAAUUCAAAGCUACGGUUGUCAUUGUCACUGUUUAAAGUUAUAUCUGUUACUUAACUUUGUGAAAGUUCACUCUAAGAAGUUUUAAACUUCAGAACUGUUGGUUACAUUUGUCAACUGUCCAGCUUGGGUGCACAGCGUUUUUAUGGAAGAAAAGUGUAAUUUAAUUUGAGUAAAAAAAGGCAGUUAUAUCAAUGAACUGUGCUAUACGUCCUUUCCUAGUUUUUUCGCUUAAUGGUAGAAAAAAAAACAUUAUUCCGAAUGAAGCGAAGGCUUUUGAGACUGAGAAACAACAAUCCCUAUCGUGAAAAGGAGGUUAUUGACAGGGUGAUUGAGCCGCUUUCCAUUAGCAAUGGGAUGAAAAUUCCCCAGAAAAGUGCAACUUAAAACUUCUACAGGUCGAACGUUUUAGCCACUCAGUAACAGUUGCGAGCUUGGUCAUUCUUAAGCUAGAUUUAUCAAUCAUGAGGCAAAUGAAAAAUAUGUGUCUUCAGCGGGAAUUGAAGCCACCACACUGCACGAGCGAGGUCUUGUGGGACAGGCAACCUGCAACUGUAGAAUUGGCAAUGUCAGAAGUCAAAAUCUCGUGAAGAGAAAGAUGAAGAAAGCAGCCAAAAACAAGCUUAAUACUGAGCUUUUGAAGAGUCAGGACUAAAAAACGACUGGGAAGAAAAAAGCCUCAAGAACCAAGUCAAAUGUCAGAGCUUACCACGAGUCUCCCAGUAGCUGGGUGGCAUACUCGAGACAACCUCCAUCUUUUCUGUUCUGUUUCUUCUCGACCGCGGCACUGGAUUUAUUUAGCUCAGUCGGUGGAGCGCUUGACUGUAGAGCGGAAGGUCCUGGGUUCCAUUCCCAGGGCCACACCAAUACUCAGGGUCUUAAAACAACUGAGAAAAAUCAAGGUACUGCCUUUGCCCAGCAAACGACUAGAACUUCGUGUGGCUUGGAUGACCACGUAAAAUGGUGGUCCCGUCUCUAGUACAGGCAUGAAAGCAGUGUCCCCAAUUAGUACUUCGGUGCUGAUUACAUUGACACUCAAAUAAAGUGCCCUUUUUUCUCCGAGCGUAAAAGUGGCUUAAAUCUCAUCCCUAUUUACUUACUCAAAAAUAUGUCGGGUAGUUAUCGCCUUUUUUAUUGCUUUUGAUCUAAAAUUUAACUGUUGCAUGAUUUCCAGGUAUGAGACCUUGAGCAGUAUGAAAGCCAGCGAUGAACUGACAGAUGAGCAAGUGCGACAGAUGUUGUUUGAUUUGGAACAAGCUUACAACUCAUUUAACAGAUCAUUGCAACAUACUUAGGAAAUAAAGUCACUGUAAAAGGAACACGAUUAAAAUCCAUGGUAGACACAAUUUAACUCGUAUUAACUGGAAUUGAAAAUGAUGAUAACGCAUUUACUAUAAAUACGGUCAUGUAGACCAUGAAAGCAAAGCAAGAAACAAGUUACAUAAAGUUCUGUUGUAAAUAGCUUUAUACAUGUGCCAGCAGUCUUGAAUAAACCUUUUUCAGAGACCAAAUACUUUGCGACACUUUUAUGUUUGUGCAAGGUUUGCACCCAGGAGUCAUUUCAUGAGUAGGUUGAGUACGAUCGUCCCGGGGUGAACAUAGUCCUGAAUAGAAUUGUUGUUGUUGACAGUGACUGGCGUUUCGACAACCUGUGCGGUAGUCAUUUUCGGAGUCAAAGUGACUUGAAACACGUCAGUUGAUGGUAUUAAACGCUAAUUAAUGACCUCAUUAGUCAAUUUAAAGUCGUGAUGUUAUUGGUCGUUUGUCAGUUAAGCCGUGAUGUUAUUGGCUAUGAAGGCUCGUAAUGUCAUUGGUGCGUUUCGAUCUGUCUAUUGUAACAGUUAAACAGUCGUUUAUUGUCAGUCAAAUUGUCAGUUGUCCAGUCGUUCUCUCGUAGUUAGUUUUGCUUGAAACCAGAGUUUAAUAACAUCAACUGACGUGAUACAACUCACUUUGACUUUGAAGAUGAUUACCGCACUCGUUGUCGAAACGUCAGUC